AUGAUCCACCUGGAAGCCAGUGUCCACUUCAGUCCCAGCAUCUCCAUGAAGAUCCACGUGGAUCAGUGCUACUGGACCACCACGGAGCAGCCAGGACACACCAGGAGAAUCUUCAUGGUGGUGAACAGCCGUGGGUGCCUGCACGGGGAGAAGCUGGGGAACGUGUCUGUGCAGCACCAGAGAGGGGAGUCUGUCCUCCAGCUCUCCAUCCUGGCCCCUACGCUGGAGGGUGAGCCCGAGGAAGAGCAGGUCUACGUGCACUGCCUGCUGAUGGCAUGGGGACAAGGCCGUGCCACCAGGUCCUGCUUCUACAGCCACACCACGGCCAGCUGGCACAACGCAGAGGACCCUGUCCGGAGUACCCCGUGCCACUGCUGUGACACCGGCUGUCCUGCUGCUGACACCCUCCGUGGAGACAUGCCAGCAUGCCCAGGAGAGGGGACACUCCACUGGGAGACAGUUGGACCAGUGCUGGUGCAGAAGGAGAAGCUGCCGUGGUAUGAAGCAUGCUGCUGGACAGUGAAGAGGUUCCUGCUGGCUGGGCUGGCCCUGGUGGGCAGUGCCAUGCUGGGGGUGCUGCUGGGGCUGGCCCUGAACACCUGGCACCUGCGCAGACCCCAGCGGGGACAGCAGCCACCGAGGCAGAGGUGUCCCUUCCAGGUUGAGCUGCAGAGUGUGGUGGGGGCCCUGGUCCUCAGGGAGACAGAGAAACAGGGCAAGAUGGGACCAGAGUCUCUUACUCGCCAAUAAAUGUGGUUUUGCUUCCUCCAAAG